UCACACCCCAGUGAUAACGAAUGACGUCGGGAAAGUCGCAUUUUGGCACUUGAGGUUUUCUUUGAACUUUUUUUCGCCUGAGCUGUGAACUCAUAAACCUCCGGAGAUCUGCUUCUGUAUAAAAACGCUUUGACAAAAAUCACCUUCACAGACUCUGCCUGUUAUCUACCCUGAAUGUCAUCCCCUCUGCAUGAACGUCUGGAAGUCUCCGGAUAUCGCUAACAUGGACAUGGAGGUUGCUACAAAUGAAAUAAUAUCUGAAUGGAAGAUCCAUGAGGGUAUUUUUGGAGAAGACCAGGAGCCACUUCAUUCCACCUCACCGGAGUUCUUGAUGGACUCACUGUGCUCUUCACCGGAGAUGUGCUACUCUAGCCAGCUUCAGGAGAUCAAGGAUUUGUCCUCUGGCAUCACAGGGCGCAGGACGACUCCAACGGGGCAAAGGCAAAACAAGCCCAAGAUGUCCAUCAAAAGACGCAUGAAGGCCAGCGAGAGGGAGAAGAUGCGGAUGAGGUGUCUUGCAGAGGCUCUGCACCAGCUCCGUGACUACCUGCCGCCGGACUACAGCAAAAAAGGCCAGCCCCUGACCAAGAUACAAACCCUCAAAUACACCAUUGAAUACAUCAACAAGCUUUCAGACAUCCUGAGCCGUGCGUAACGGACGCAAAAUGGACAACUUUUACGCAUCAGGUUUAGCCUGAUUUUAAGAUAACUUUACCGUUAAAUUACAGAUUUUUACUCUUUUUGCCCUGCUCAUGGUGUAGAUAUUGUUUAAGGGGCACUUUUUGUAUAGGCUAUAUGAGUCUGUCUUUGUUGAAAUUAUGAAUUCAGUAUAAUACAUGAAAUGGGUAUGAAAUACAGCUUUACUAAUGAAAAUUCCCUCUAAUAGGCUAUUCCGGUUUUGUGUUCAAAUAGAAUUCAGAGAAACCUCAUCAUACUGUUUUUAAUCACGUGUGCUUUGUUUCUGGUAUGAGGACUAUCUGCGUAAUAUUAUGAAGAUGUGUUGUAUGAAAGCUUUUUAAAAAAUGCAGUUUUUUUUGGUAGCCUAAAUUGUUUA